AGGGGUGGUGAGGUGGGAGUCAUCUAAAUGUCAGACGUUUGCCAAUGAGGUUUGUUUCCUUUGGCCUCUAUAGUGAUCAAAUAAAUUGCCCAGCUUUUUAAGAUGUGCGGCAAAGCCUCCCUCCAUCAGAUAGCUGCUGUGGCUGCAGUUCAACUGAGAACUCAAAGGUAAUAUUGAAUCUAUUUUGCUGGAGCAGAAAUGAGAGAUACUCUGAGGCUGCAAUAUAAUUUUUAGAGAUUUUUUUUCAUUGCCUCUGUAGUUAUUUUGUCCAGGAUUCCUGAUCCUCAGGCAUUUCAGUGCUGCACACAAUAUCAGAAUAUUUCUCUCUUCAACUCUCAUCAUAGCACUAUGCAUACAGUAAUGCUCACCUGUCAGUCCAUGGUGAUGUGAACAAAUAAAAUCUCAGCAGCAACACUCAACAAGACUUGCAGAUUUUGCUCAAACAUAUUUGUGACGUAGCCGAGCCUCUACAACUUAUUCUCAGCCCACUGUAGUUGGUAUUACUGAUACCUUCUCCUGCAAGGAGGACAACUAAUUAAAGAGCACUUGAUAGUUUCUUGCAAUGGAUUCUCACCUUCUGUGACGAAGUUUUAACACUAUAAUGGAUAACGCAACUUUCGCUGAACUUAACGGAACUGUGCUCCAGAAGAGAGAAUGGCAUGGUCUGGAAUACCAAGUGGUCACUGUUUUCCUGGUGGUUUUAAUAUGUGGACUUGGCAUUGUUGGUAACGUCAUGGUGGUUUUAGUGGUUCUUCAGACUAAACACAUGAGAACCCCAACUAACUGUUACCUUGUGAGCCUUGCCAUUGCAGACCUGAUUGUAUUGGUGGCAGCUGGACUACCCAAUAUUACUGAAAGUGUCUAUGGCUCGUGGGUCUAUGGAUAUUUUGGAUGCCUCUGCAUUACAUUUCUUCAGUAUCUGGGCAUUAAUGCUUCAUCCUGUUCCAUCACAGCAUUCACAGUUGAAAGAUACCUAGCUAUAUGCCAUCCUAUCAAAGCCCAGUUUCUAUGUACCAUAUCCAGAGCUAAAAAGAUCAUCGUUUUUGUGUGGGCAUUCACAUCUCUAUAUUGCCUCAUGUGGUUUUUCUUGCUUGACCUUAAAACAACCACCUACAAAGAUGCGACUGUGAUGAACUGUGGUUACAGAGUUUCCAGAAGCUACUAUUCUCCCAUCUACUUAAUUGAUUUCGGUAUAUUCUAUGCCGUACCCAUGACUCUAGCUACAGUCCUAUAUGGGCUUAUUGCCAGAAUUCUAUUCUUAAAUCCCAUUCCAUCAGAUCCAAAAGAAAACUCAAAGACCUGGAGAAACGAUGUUACUCAUCAAAAUAAAGCCUUUAAUUCAAAGAUGUCAAGUAGAUGCUCCAAUAACACAAUAGCAUCUAGGAGACAGGUGACCAAAAUGUUGGCAGUCGUCGUACUUCUGUUUGCCUUUUUAUGGAUGCCCUACAGAACACUGGUCGUGGUGAAUUCUUUCUUGUCCCACCCUUACCUUCAAACUUGGUUUGUGUUAUUCUGUCGAAUUUGUAUUUACUUGAACAGCGCCAUCAACCCCGUGAUCUACAAUCUCAUGUCUCAGAAAUUCAGAGCUGCAUUCCGGAAACUCUGCAAGUGUAAGAAGAAGAGAUCAGAGAAGCCAACCAACUAUGGCGUGGCACUGAACUAUAGUGUCAUUAAAGAAUCAUCCAAUGGAGGAAGUCCAGACCAUUUUAGCACUGAGCUGGAGGACAUUACAGUCACAGAUACUUAUUUGUCUACAUCAAAAAUGUCCUUUGAUGACACAUGUUUGCCUACUUAGGUAACAUUUAACAGAACAAAGACAAUCACAGGAGAAACUGAUGUAAAAUAUAGGGAACUAAAAUAAUAUGAAUUAUUCCUUCUAAAGAUGACAUUUAGGGGGUUAUUUAAUAAACUCCGAAUGCAA